CUGAGUUGGCUUUUGCGUAGCGCCGUCAGUCUGCCGUAACGUGGCGGCGCUGCGCUCGUGUGUGCCGCAGGAGUGGCCCGAACUGUCACUGUUCAUGUAGUUUUCUGUGAUAAGAAUUACUGUGAAAUUUAUAGUUAAGGCGAAGUAACUAAUUAAAACAAUCAAAAUGUCUACGUCGGGGGAAUUCGGUAAUCCUCUACGCAAGUUUAAACUCGUGUUCCUCGGUGAACAGAGUGUGGGAAAAACGUCGCUCAUCACUAGGUUCAUGUAUGACAGUUUUGACAACACUUAUCAGGCAACAAUCGGAAUAGACUUCCUCUCGAAGACCAUGUAUCUAGAAGACCGUACAGUGCGACUGCAGCUGUGGGACACAGCUGGACAGGAGCGCUUCCGCUCUCUCAUACCUUCUUACAUCCGAGACUCCACCGUUGCUGUCGUUGUUUAUGAUAUUACCAAUGCAAAUUCAUUCCACCAAACGUCGAAAUGGAUCGACGACGUCCGCACGGAGCGCGGCUCGGACGUGAUCAUAAUGCUUGUGGGCAACAAGACGGAUCUGUCGGAUAAGCGGCAGGUGUCCACCGAGGACGGCGACCGCAAGGCGAAGGAGCUCAACGUUAUGUUCAUCGAGACCAGCGCGAAGGCUGGCUACAAUGUCAAACAGUUAUUCCGACGGGUAGCUGCCGCGUUGCCCGGCAUGGACUCAGCCGAGAGCAAGCCACCAGAAGACAUGCACGAGGUGAUCCUGAGACAGGCGCCCGGGGACAGCAAGGAGCCGGACAACGGAUGCGCCUGCUAGACUACUAUACCCUAAGUCGGUCCGGUACGAAGCAACGUUCGUUACUUCUAUUACACACGUUUAAUGCUGUUAUAAAUCGUCUAAAUGUACUUUAACACUUCAAAUUUAUGUAUUUCCAAGGUGUUGUAGCGGGGUCAUUUUGACCCCGUGACUAUGUAUGAGACAACGUUGAUAAAUCUGUGCCGACCAGGUUACAUGAAAAGAAUGAUUCAAAAUUCGCACAUGAAAACGGUAAAGUUGGCAUUUUAGACGGACGUCAUACUACUGUGUUUGAUGUGUUAGUAAAAGUUCCAAAAAGUU